AUGGCACCCACCGCCCUAUCCAAGCGAUCAAAGCCUGCAUUCUCGCUCCCGCGACCGGGGAUAUCCAGAGUCACAAAAUCCACAAAAGAGAAGGCCAUGAAUACCCGCGUCGCCACGAAGGGGAAAUCGGACGGGAAGGGAAACAUAAACGCCGACUCAGCUGCAGGUGUGCAGAAGAAGGGCAAAUCAAACCCUCAGGCGAAGUCGUCCAUACCCGCGGCGAAAGAGAAAGGGAAAGGGAAAGACAAGCGCAACACAGGAAAGAGGCAAAAACAGAAACAGCGUGGAGCGGGUGCGACGAUGCGCGGACUUGUCGACCGGGCCAGCGACGAUGAUGAUGAUGAUGGCCGCGUCGGUGGCAAACGGAAAAGGCACACCGAAGAAGAGGAAGAGGAAGACGACGAUGAUAUUGAGACCGACGCAGUUCUGAACGACAUUGCCGCGAAUAUGGAUACCGACACAGAGACAGACACAGAUACGAACAACGCCACAGACGAGUCCCGCUCGGAAAGGGCCGACCUCGACGGCGAUGAAGGUGAAGAUGAAGGGAGAGGUGAGGAUAAAGACGAGCAAGACAAGGCCAACACCGCCUCUCCACCCGCCGGCCUGGACUUCUCCUCCAGCCCAGAACCGGACUUCAUCCUCGCCGAAGUCACGCACACGGACAAAUACACCCGCUCCAAAGGCGCCAAAUCCUCUGGAGUGUUGGACACCGAAGAAUACCCCAUCCCCUUACCGCUCGUGCAUCGGAUCAUGCACGCCCAUUUCGAAUCCCCGACGACGACGACGACGCUUUCCAAGGACGCAAAGGCCCUCAUGGGCACGUACGUCGGCGUGUUUGUCAAGGAGGCGAUCCGGCGGUGCGUAGACGAGAAGAAGGAGAGGGUUGUCAAGCGCAGAAGGGAGGGCGGAGGCGGGGCCGGAGACGCGGGAUGGCUGGAGGUGGAGGAUCUGGAGAGGGUCGGGUGUCAGUUGGUUCUGGAUUUCUGA